GGCACCUGUUAAGCACGUACUAGAAACUCACUAUCCCAUUGGCUAAUCUAGAAGUUUAUAGAGGGCCGAGAGAAACUGCCCAGCUGCCACAGGAUGAUCCUUGUGUAGAUCACUUCUCAGUCUAAACCAUUUUAGGCUCGUUGCCGAAACCUACGGCGCUCUCAACCGGAUGGUUCUUGACGAAACGCCGGAGUUUUCUUUCGUUUGGAGAUGUGAAGCCGAGGCAUGUACGGCUCUGAUUCCUUUCGUAGCUAAAACUGCGCUCCGUGAUUACCUCCUGCAAAAAACCUCCUGUAUGUAUCCUAGCAUAUCACCCAGUUUAUCAGAGGCGGUCCCGGAGAUGGAGUAAGGAAAUAUCAAACACCUUCUGAUCUUAGGUAUAUAUACUCCAUGCUUCCCAAGUAUUUUGUGCUCGUAUAAUACCUACCUCCUACCUAAGAUAGUCCUUCGAUUUAUAGAAGGAGUGCUUGACUUCGAAAUCGAGACUAAAGUCGAUAGGUAUCUGAUAUAUAUAUCUAGUCUGGUGUUACCGUCAUUUCGUACUUUUACUCGUCAGUGUGGAUUCGUCCGGAUUGCAUCGCCGUCAAACCGAAGUCAAAAUGCCCUUCAAGAAACAUUCGCGACAAUAUGACCUGGUGGUGUUCGGCGCAACUGGUUAUACCGGGUCAUUGAUUGCAGAACAUAUUACAACGAAUUUUCCGACAGACCUGAAAUGGGCGAUAGCAGGUCGAUCUUAUAACAAGCUUCUAAAUGUAGUUGAACGAUGCAAAACUCUGAACACUGUCCGCCAGCCUCCAGAAAUUGAGAUAUGCAGCCUCAAUGAUGAAGACGUUACAACCUUGGCCAAAAAGACAUUCGCGCUCAUCACGACGGUUGGUUCGUAUGCAAAAUACGGAGAGUUCGCCUUCAAGGCUUGUGCAGAAUCAGGGACACAUUAUUUCGAUUGCACGGGCGAGGCUGUUUGGCACGCGUCCAUGAUCCGGAAGUAUGAAGCGUCCGCCAAAGCAAGCGGUGCUUGCAUGUUUCCCCAAGCCGCUAUCGAGUCUGCACCAUCAGACUUGAUGACCUUCUCCAUGGCAUCACUCAUACGUUCCGAGCUCUCAGCUCCGGUUGGUGACGUUGUAGCUGGUAUACAUGAGGUACACGGUGCGUUAUCGGGUGGCACUAUCCAUACGGCCCUGGGACUUUUCGACGUCUUUCACUGGAAAGAUAUAGCUCAAUCCCAUAAGCCAUAUGCUCUAUCGCCUGUUCCGAACUCGAAGGAAGCCCCCAAACCGUCGUUCCUUUCAAGACUAACAGGCUUAUAUACCAUACCCAAGCUUGGUCUUAUGUCAACGUCCCUUACUGCGGGGACUAACACGGCAGUUGUACAACGUACCUGGGGCUUGUUCAAACAGGUUCCGUCGUUGCAGAAGCAAUUCUAUGGCCCCAACUUUACCUAUCGGGAAUUCGUAAGAGCCAAGAGUCACCUACGUGGUAUGGCGAUGCACUACGCCCUCGCAGUCGGUACCGUAUUAUUCAUGUUCUGCCCACCAGUUCGAAAGUUAGUGCUUAAAUACGCCUAUCAACCCGGCGAAGGAACGAGUAAAGACAACCAAGCAAAGGAGUACAUCCAGUUCCGAGGAGUCGCAACGCCAGACAUCCAACCAAGCAUCGGCAAGCAGGCAUGGUGUAAAGCCGAGUUUAGUGGUGGCUUGUAUUAUUUAACUGGAGUGCUUGUUAGCCAAGCUGCUUGCACAAUAUUACAAGACGACCUCGAUCUUCCAGGAGGCAUUUAUACUCCUGCAUGUUUAGGUCAGGGAUAUAUUGAUCGUCUCAACAAGGCCGGCUUCACAAUAGAGACGAAGCUCAUCGACGCGUAAUCUUCUCCUCGGUUUAAUGUCCCGAAUGAAUGGAGGGGCAUCGUAUCAGCUUCAUGUAGCUAGCGUUAUGAGUUAGCAUCUAUGGCUGUAGGAGUUCGGGAGAUAAUACGGAGCUACCUAGGUAAACUCUUAAACUGUCAGGGGCCGUACCAAUAAAUGAAUAGCUACCUUGGGUACCUAGGUAAGGUAAGUAGGUAUUCUAAGGACGAGGCUAAGAUCUGUGGAUGAAAGAGACUUAAGAAACAGUACAUAAUGGGAUAUAGUUUCUUAUUUUAUGCCUCACGAAGUACAUGUAUAUAGGCAAUAAGCAGAUGUUGUGCAUAAUAAAAAUGCUUAAGAGGACCUCACGGGAGCAAAAUUAGGCAUGCAUAAUGGAUAAGGUAAGGUUGUGAUUUGCAUUGGUUAGGAGGUACUGAUAUGUAUUUACGAUAUAUAUUUUUCAUUGUGUAUACAUAUAAAUACUAAAGCUCUCUUGGUAGGUUCUCCGCAAAAAGAAAAA